UCCUGAGCCAAGUGUAGUUUCCUCCGGAUUUAUUGGCUUCGGGGCGCCCCUCUGAAGACGGGUGACGCUGGCUUGGCCGGCUGAUCACCUGUGGGCCUCCUCUUGUUGCCCCCGCUGCUGUGUUCAUCCCACGGCGUAACCAUGGCCGGCACUAGCAGUCCUGAGGCGGUGAAAAAACUGCUGGAAAAUAUGCAGGGCGACCUACGGGCCUUGAGCCUGGAGUGCCGCAAAAAAUUCCCUCCCGUCAAAGAGGCUGCUGAGUCAGGAAUAAUAAAAGUAAAAACAAUAGCAGCACGAAACACUGAAAUCCUAGCAGCUUUGAAAGAGAAUAGCUCAGAAGUGGUUCAGCCUUUUCUAAUGGGUUGUGGAACAAAAGAACCAAAGAUCACUCAGCUAUGCCUAGCUGCUAUCCAGAGGCUCAUGUCUCAUGAAGUUGUUUCAGAGGUUGCUGCUGGAAAUGUUAUUAAUAUGCUUUGGCAACUUAUGGAAAAUAGCCUUGAGGAACUUAAGCUGCUUCAAACUGUUCUUGUAUUAUUAACAACCAAUACAGUUGUCCAUGAUGAAGCACUUUCUAAGGCAAUUGUUCUUUGUUUUCGAUUACACUUCACAAAAGAUAAUAUCACCAAUAAUACUGCAGCAGCCACAGUCCGGCAGGUAGUUACUGUUGUUUUUGAAAGAGUGGUUGCUGAGGAUGAACGCUAUAAAGGUAUUAUUGAAGAACCAGUAGGAAUUCAAGGAAAUAGUAACAGAAGAUCUGUAAGCACCUUAAAACCAUGUGCUAAAGAUGCAUAUAUGCUUUUUCAGGAUCUUUGUCAACUGGUUAAUGCUGACGCCCCUUACUGGCUUGUAGGAAUGACAGAAAUGACUCGAACAUUUGGUUUGGAGCUACUUGAAUCAGUCCUCAAUGAUUUCCCACAAGUAUUUUUACAGCAUCAAGAAUUUAGUUUUCUCCUUAAAGAAAGGGUUUGCCCAUUGGUGAUUAAGCUCUUCUCACCAAAUAUCAAAUUCAGACAAGGUUCCAGUACUUCAUCUUCACCUGCACCAGUGGAAAAGCCUUAUUUUCCUAUUUGCAUGCGCCUUUUGAGAGUUGUUUCUGUAUUAAUCAAACAGUUCUAUACUUUGUUGGUAACUGAAUGUGAGAUCUUUCUGUCAUUACUCGUAAAGUUUCUGGAUGCAGAUAAACCUCAGUGGUUAAGAGCUGUUGCAGUAGAAUCCAUACACAGACUUUGUGUGCAACCACAACUCCUAAGGUCCUUUUGCCAAUCUUAUGAUAUGAAGCAGCAUUCUACCAAAGUAUUCCGUGACAUUGUGAAUGCUCUGGGAUCAUUUAUUCAAUCACUGUUUCUUGUACCAAACACAGGAAGUGCCUCAGCUACAAUAAACCAAACAGGAGGCAGUGUUCCUGGUGGUACAACCUCAGCACAGUCCAAUCCUGGAAUGUUAGGUAUUGGUGGAGGUGUGACUGUAUUACCUGCUUUUGAAUAUAGAGGUACUUGGAUACCAAUCCUCAAUAUAUCAGCACAGGGUAGUGCUAAAGCUACCUAUCUGGAAAUGUUGGAUAAAGUUGAGCCACCUACAAUUCCUGAAGGCUAUGCCAUGUCAGUAGCAUUUCAUUGUUUGCUGGAUCUUGUCCGUGGCAUAACUAAUAUGAUUGAAGAAGAAUUAGGACACAUUGAAAUAGACAGUCAAGUACCAACAAUUGAUGCACAGUCUUCACCGACACAGUCUUUGGACCACCAGUAUUUUCAUUCAGCAUCUGAUCAGACUGCCAAAGAUACAGAUCACAGAGUUGUUUGGGAAGAAAUGGUGAAUGCAUGCUGGUGCGGUCUUCUUGCUGCACUGUCUUUACUUCUGGAUGCUAGCACUGAUGAAGCUGCCACAGAAAAUAUUCUAAAAGCAGAGUUGACUAUGGCUGCAUUGUGUGGAAAAUUAAAUCUUGUAACAUCAAGAGAUGCCUUUAUUACUGCUAUUUGCAAAGGUUCUUUGCCUCCUCACUAUGCCCUGACAGUACUGAAUACUACUACUGCUGCUCUUUUCAGUAAAUCAUAUUCCAUCCAGGGUCAAAAUGUUCAGAUGAUCAGUCCAUCUAGUGAAUCUCAUCAGCAAGUUGUAGCAGUGGGACAACCACUGGCUCUUCAGCCACAGGGAACAGUAAUGCUUACAUCUAAGAAUAUACAGUGCAUGAGGACAUUACUUAGCUUGGCGCAUUGUCAUGGAGCUGUCCUUGGUACAUCAUGGCAACUUGUCUUAGCUACACUCCAGCAUCUUGUAUGGAUUCUUGGUUUGAAACCAGGCAUUGGAGGUGCUUUAAAGCCUGGAAGAGCUGUAGAAGGACCUAGCACAGUUCUAACUACAGCUGUUAUGACUGAUCUGCCAGUUAUCUCCAACAUUCUUUCCAGACUGUUUGAAAGUUCACAGUAUCUGGAUGAUGUUUCAUUACAUCAUUUAAUAAACGCACUUUGUUCGUUGUCUCUGGAAGCCAUGGAUAUGGCCUAUGGAAAUAAUAAGGAACCAUCAUUGUUUGCUGUUGCUAAAUUGUUAGAAACAGGACUGGUUAACAUGCAUAGGAUUGAAAUUCUGUGGAGACCACUGACUGGUCAUCUUUUAGAGGUCUGCCAACAUCCAAACUCACGGAUGAGGGAAUGGGGAGCGGAAGCUUUAACUUCUCUCAUCAAAGCGGGGCUGACAUUUAAUCACGACCCUUCACUCUCUCAGAACCAGAGGCUUCAGCUGCUGUUACUAAACCCACUGAAAGAGCUGUCAAAUAUCAGUCACCCUGAUAUUAGGCUCAAGCAGUUGGAAUGUGUUUUACAGAUUUUGCAAAGUCAAGGGGACAGUCUAGGGCCUGGAUGGCCUUUGGUACUUGGAGUAAUGGGAGCAAUUAGAAGUGAUCAAGGAGAGUCUCUAAUACGGACUGCAUUCCAGUGUCUCCAGUUGGUUGUGACUGACUUUUUGCCAACAAUGCCAUGUACUUGCCUACAGAUUGUGGUAGAUGUCGCUGGAAGUUUUGGGCUUCACAACCAAGAACUAAACAUCAGCUUAACAUCAAUUGGUCUUUUGUGGAAUAUUUCAGACUAUUUCUUCCAAAGAGGUGAAAUUAUUGAAAAGGAGUUAAACAAGGAAGAAUCAGUGUUACAGAAGCAAGCAGAAGAAAAGGGGGUAACAUUGAACCGUCCAUUCCAUCCGGCACCCCCAUUCGAUUGCCUCUGGCUGUGUCUGUAUGCCAAGCUCGGUGAACUCUGUGUAGAUCCACGCCCUGCAGUUAGAAAGAGUGCUGGGCAGACUUUAUUCUCUACAAUUGGUGCUCAUGGAACUUUACUUCAACAUUCAACAUGGCAUACAGUUAUAUGGAAGGUUCUCUUUCAUUUGCUGGAUAGAGUGCGAGAAUCUUCUACAACUGCUGAUAAAGAGAAGAUUGAGUCUGGUGGUGGUAACAUUCUCAUUCACCAUUCACGAGAUACAGCAGAGAAACAGUGGGCUGAGACGUGGGUACUAACAUUGGCUGGAGUAGCUAGAAUAUUCAACACAAGGCGAUACUUGUUGCAGUCCUUAGGAGAUUUUUCUGAAGCUUGGGAUGUUCUUCUUGAUCACAUUCAGUCAGCUGCACUCAGCAAAAACAAUGAGGUUUCUUUGGCUGCUUUGAAAAGCUUUCAGGAAAUCUUACAAAUUGUGUCUCCUGUUAGAGAAACUGAAAAACCUGAUACACCCCCUGCUAUUAAUGUUCCUGUGCCUGUCCUCAUAGGAUCAGUGACUGCCACUGGCCUUGGAAGAUCUUUUAUGAGAACUGAUUCUAUAGGAGAAAGGAUUGGAAAAUACAGUGCAACUGAACCUCCUGUAGUAACAGAUGAAAUCGAAGACUUGGAUCUUUGGUGGGCUGCAUGGAACAGUUGGUUUAGAAUUGGUUCAGAAAGUACAAAGCCUCCACUUUCUUUUGAUAAAAUGACUUUUAUUCCCAGCCAGCCUUUUCUUACAGCUUUAAUACAGAUAUUUCCAGCCCUUUAUCAACACAUCAAAACAGGUUUUAGUAUGGAUGAUCUGCAAAAACUAGGUGUCAUUCUACAUGGUGCAAUCUCUGUUCCAAUCAGUUCGGAUGCAUCUCCUUUCAUCUUACCAUCAUAUACUGAGGCAGUUCUAACAAGUUUGCAAGAAGCAGUUCUUACGGCUUUAGAUGUCUUACAAAAGGCCAUAUGUGUUGGUUCAGAAAACAUGCAAGUAAUGUAUCCUGCUAUCUUUGAUCAGUUGUUAGCUUUUGUUGAAUUUUCCUGUAAACCACCACAAUAUGGACAGCUAGAAACAAAACACAUUGCCAAUGCAAAAUACAAUCAGAUACAACUGUUUGCACCGGCAGAAUGGGUAGCACUGAAUUAUGUACCAUUUGCAGAGAGGUCUUUAGAAGUUGUGGUAGAUCUGUACCAAAAGACAGCUUGUCACAAGGCUGUGGUAAAUGAAAGAGUCCUUCAGAAUAUUAUCAAGACACUGAGGAUGCCUCUGAGUUUGAAGUAUGCUUGCCCUUCAGAAAGCACAUGGAAACUGGCAGUUUCUUCACUCCUUAAAGUUCUCUCAAUUGGGUUACCAGUUGCAAGACAGCAUGCUUCCUCUGGAAAAUUUGACAAUAUGUGGCCAGAGUUAGCCAACACUUUUGAAAACUUUUUGUUUACUAAAAGUUCACCUCCAGAUAAUCUUUCUAUUCAAGAGUUUCAGAGAAAUGAAAGUAUUGAUGUUGAAGUGGUACAGCUCAUCAGUACAGAGAUAUUGCCAUAUGCUAAUUUUAUUCCCAAGGAAUUUGUUGGUCAGAUUAUGACUAUGCUUAAUAAAGGUUCAAUACAUUCUCAGUCCUCUUCAUUUACAGAGGCAGAAAUAGAUAUUCGUAUGAGAGAGGAAUUUUCGAAGAUGUGUUUUGAAACACUGCUUCAGUUUUCAUUCAGUAACAAAGUAACAACUCCUCAAGAAGGCUACAUUUCACGAAUGGCACUUUCUGUUCUCUUAAAACGAUCUCAAGAUGUGCUUUAUCGUUACAUAGAAGACGAAAGACUAAGUGGCAAGUGUCCACUUCCACGGCAACAAGUUACAGAAAUAAUAUUUGUUUUAAAAGCUGUCAGUACUCUCAUAGACUCUCUUAAAAAAACUCAGCCAGAAAAUGUUGAUGAUAACACGUGGGCACAGGUUAUUGCUCUGUACCCAACGUUAGUAGAAUGUAUCACCUGUUCAUCUUCAGAAGUCUGCUCUGCUCUCAAAGAGGCAUUAGUGCCCUUUAAGGACUUCAUGCAUCCACCAGUAUCCAAGGUACAGAAUGGAGAGUCAUGACCAAAUUUUAACACUUUUUAAAGAAAAAUGCAUCUAUUACAAAAAAUGUUUAUUAUGACUUGACACAUCUCUAAUAAAUCUCAUAUGACUUGUACUUGGUAAGCAGCGUUGACUGCCUCUAAACUGUACUAACCAGAACUCUGUGAUUCAUAUCAAGCUCGCAUCUGAAUCUGGGGAGCGGGGGGUAAGAAGUACAAGCCUUUGACUGAGAAGAAUCCAUUUUAAAGUACAGUACUUGCUACAGUAACUUGAAGUGGUGAUUGAAAAGUGGACUUAUGUAUAGCUUAUGUAUUGUGGAUGACUUAAUGAUGUAAUUAAGGAAAAAAAAUUGAUUUAUUGAGUUUAUUAGGCAGGUGCUUUACACCUUUUUUCAAGUACAAACUGUACUAAAAUUUUAUGCAAGAUGGUACUGUAACAUUCCAUAUUAUCUGUAACCAGCCUUUGUAAACAAGGGGAAGACGUAAUGUGUGUAUAAUAAAUCGUACAGUUCUGUAAAAAAUUUGCAUUUAUUAUUUAAAUUAUUUUUAAAUAUUGAUAAUGUUUUAAGGCUUGAAAAUAUAUUUAUUAUAUUAAGUUGUAUGCAUUUUUACUUAAUAAGCGCAUUCAUAUUUGAGCAUACAGGGUUUUUUUUCCUUUUUUGGCAUAUUUGAAUGUAUAUUAUCUGUGGCCAAUGAAUAAUAAUUUUACUAACAGGUCAUGUGAAUAAAGAUAGUGGCAAACAGUCUGUGAGCUGCUAUACUAAAUUAAUCUGCAUAGGCAGAACAUUGGUGUGUAGCACUCAAAACACUACCAUACCUCAUUUCAUGAAGUAAUUCUUUUACUGUUAGCCCUCUCAUGCUACACUUUUUAAAAAACUUAUAUUUGAACUGUAUAUGUGUUUUCUUUUUGUUUUGAUCCUAAACAGCUUUGAACACAUUAUUUAAUUAUAACUAAAGCAAGAUAAUUUCAAGUAUCAGCAAUAUUUUACUGUAUGUCAUUGUCAUUGUUUCAAUUAUCUUAAGUGCUUUGUUUUGUAAUGUCUUUUCAAACUGAAGAAAAACUGUUCUCUUUGAGUAUGCUGUGUGUGUGACACAAAGAAAGAAGUGUAUUUUUGAAGAUAGUUUAGAGAUACAGUAAAUUGUCAAAGUACAA